AUGCAGCUCAAGACCCUCCUCGUUUCCCUGCUCGUCUCCUCUGCGGCGGCCAAGCGUAGCUGCGGUACCCCCAAUGCUACUGCUGAGCAGAUCCAGGUUGCCCAGAACCUCCAGAUCCUCGAGGCUGAGUCCAAUGCCAGCGGGGCCAGGCUUGCUGCUGCUGCCGCGACCAUCAACAUCAAGGUCUACUGGCACGUCACUGCCACUGCCAGGACUGUUGCCAGCGGUUACCUUACCCAGGCCACUCUUGACAAGCAGCUUGCUGUCCUGAACUCCGCGUAUGCCCCUCACGGCAUCUCGUUCUCCCAGGCCGGUGUCGACUGGACUGUCAACAGCAACUAUGCCAACGACAGGGCCGACCUUACCAUGAAGAAGGCUCUUCGCAAGGGUACCUACGCCGACCUGAACGUCUACUUCGUUCCCGGCACCCAGUACCUUGGAUACGCCUACUUCCCCCAGGCUGUUACCGCCAACUCCAAUGCCUUCUUCCUGGACGGCGUUGUCAUCCGCUCCUCUACCGUCCCCGGCGGCUCUGAGAAGCCCUUUGAUCUUGGCCACACCGCCACCCACGAGGUCGGCCACUGGCUCGGUCUCUACCACACCUUCGAGGGUGGCUGCACCGGCAACGGCGAUUUCGUCUCUGACACCCCUGCUGAGGCCUCGGAGGCGUUCGACUGCCAGUUGACCCGUGAUUCCUGCCCCAACCAGGCCGGUCUUGACCCCGUCACCAACUACAUGGACUACUCCGAUGAUGCUUGCUUCACUGGCUUCACCACCGGCCAGGAGACCCGCAUCUUCAGCUACUGGAACCAGUACCGUGCCGGCAAAUAA